AUGUUGAAACAAAAAUUCCGACUACCGCUCGCUGAAUGUUUUCUGACCGCAACGCGGUACUUUUCUUCCACCAAUACUGACUACUAUUCGAUUCUUGGAAUUAAACACACCGCCUCUCAAAAAGAAAUAAAGACUGCUUUUUAUAAGCUAUCAAAGAGGUACCAUCCAGAUGUCGUCGGAAGCGACGCGAAAGAUGUGGCCGCGCAAAAAUUUCACGAAGUUUCACAAGCUUACGAAAUUCUCGGCAGCGAAGAAAAUAGAAAGAUCUACGACAUGACAAGAGUUCGAUCGACCCCUAGCAGUUCUAAAGGAUCUUACGCCUCUUCCAUGCGAAACUCCACUCGAGAGAAGCAGUACACCGAUAUUGACAUCGAUUAUAAGGAUUUUGAGCACUUUCAGAAAUCAACAAGGCAACGACAAAAUCGCAUGAAUAGUGACUUUCCUCAUGAAUUUUUCGAGGGUCUUGGUGGUAAAAAGCGAGAAUUUAAGAGUGAAUGGGACGAAGAGUCGGCGAGACUACAAACAAUGUACAGAGAUUCACGAUCGGCUAUGAGAGAAGAACGCGAACUACAAGCAGAGAUCAGCAGGAAGCAGGCAGAGUUCGAGGCUCGCUUCAAAGCAGAUCCUUUUGAGAAAAUGAUGAAAGAUAGGCAAAAAGAAUAUGAGAAGGAUUCCCUGCACUAUUACACGGCGAUGUUUUCAAUAAUAUACUAUGGCGAUCACUCGAAGACGUUUGAGCUUGCGGAAAUAAAGUCACUCUCUGCCGGAAAUGUUAUAACGACGACCACUCAGCGUGAACCAAGCGAAGAAUUUUAUUUAACUUACAUGGGAAAUCGUCUUGAGUCAGCAUUUUAUUUGAACGAUUUGGGAGAUGAAUUGGACGAGCACACAGUUUUGCGGAUUGUAAGCCGAGAAACAUCACCACCCUCGAGCUUGGCAUCGGCUCAACAAAUCGAUGAUAUUCGCAAGUUCUUCAAGGAAUUACAAAAAGACCGAAAUGCCUACCUGCUUCAUACGUUUACGACUGCGUGCUUCGAUCCAGAUUUUGUACGUAAACAGAUUGAAAGUGAGCCCAAUUUGCGUUCCGAUGGAGAAGCAUUGCAUAUUUUGUCCGAUUAUUUCUUGCUCAGCUCAUACUUUGAUGAAAACAAUAAAGCGGCUGCCGAGUGGUUGAGCAAACAUCCGACCUUCGUUUCGGUGAUCCAUAAACUUAUAGGGCAAAUUAGCGGCGCUCAACGGAAUCCGAUGUCUCCUUCAAUGAUGCCACAAAUGGGUGCUCUUUUGAACGCACCGAUGCCCAAUCAAUCAGCGGCGCCUCUCAUCACUCCGGCACAAUUCCAAGCUGCUAUGAUGCAAGCGUUUGGCAAUCUUGGAAAUCAACCGCCGGCAAGUUCCAGUCAAUCGACUCCUGACACAAAUAUGCCUCAACAAUAUGAGACUCAACUCACACAACUGCACGAAUUUGGAUUUCUUGACGAUGCGCAAAACCUCGAAGCUUUGGCGGCAGCUAACGGAAAUGUAGAGGUGGCCCUCGAAAUUUUGGUUUCUAUGCGAGAAAAUGAA